AUUGGAAGUUGGAAGGGGGAAGGCACGGGGGAAGGCACGGGGGAAGGGACAAGUUGGAAGAAGGAGGCACGUGGAGAGAAGGGGUAACUGGACUGGACUGGAUUGAAUUGAAUCGAUGGAACGAAGGUGAAGAUUCGAGAGGACAUGGAAGAAUGUCAGUUGAGUUCAAUAGAUGGUUCUGUUGAGAGUGAUGAUAACUUGGUUGUGAAUGGUGGAGGCGGACGGCAGGCCUUCUUCCAUUUUUUUUUUAUUUUUUUUUUUAUUUUUUUUUUUUCCUUCCUUCCUUCUUUUCUUUCUUCCACUUUUUCUGUGCUGUAUUACUUUCUCAUGUUUUAUCUUUACUUGUAUUUUCUUCCUUUUUUUUCGCCCUCAUCCUUUCUAGGUCUAACCUUGAAUUCUCGUCGACACAACCUACCAUUAGAUCUCUCCAAAUCUCUCUUACCAAAAUCAUCACCAAAGCUCAUCUGCGUUGCAACACCUCUCCUUGUUUUUGUUAAAUCCUUUUACUACUCAUGAUGCGUGGGAUUCAGCGUAGCAUGUGAAUGAAGUC